AUGAUGCUGUUAGCAGGUGUUGCUCAGCUGGCAGUCACGUAUGGUCACUUCAAGGACCCCAAUGCCACUCAAGGGGCUGUUUUCCUGUCUGCGUCUGUGUGGGUCCCGGCAAGACAAGGAGCCUGGAGUCAACUGGACUCGCCGGCCAUUAAGGCAAACGGGGCUACAGGGCUGUGGGACAGUAGGGAAGGUCCUCCAGGGUGCCGGGUCCAGGACCUCGGCAGCUUCACCGGGUCUAACGUCGGGGUUGGGGGCAUCAUCAUGACCAUCUCCUCCACGCUGCUGGCGCUGGUCCUGAUGCCCGUGUGCCUGUGGGUCUACAGCCGCGCCUGGAUCAACACCCCCAUCGUGCAGUUGCUGCCGCUUGGGGCUGUGACCCUGACCCUCUGCAGCACCCUCAUCCCCAUCGGCCUGGGAGUCUUCAUUCGCUACAAAUACAGCAGGGUGGCUGACUACAUCGUCAAGGUGUCCCUGUGGUCUCUGCUGGUGACCCUCGUGGUCCUUUUCAUCCUGACCGGCACCAUGCUGGGACCCGAACUGCUGGCCAGCAUCCCGGCGGCCGUGUACCUGGUGGCCAUCUUCAUGCCUCUGGCUGGCUACGCGUCGGGCUAUGGCCUGGCCACCCUCUUCCGCCUCCCGCCCAACUGCAAGAGGACUGUGUGUCUGGAGACCGGCAGCCAGAACGUGCAGCUGUGCACCGCCAUCCUGAAGCUGGCCUUCCCGCCGCGCCUGGUGGGCAGCAUGUAUAUGUUCCCCCUGCUGUAUGCCCUCUUCCAGUCCGCGGAGGCGGGGGUCUUCGUCUUGAUCUAUAAGAUGUACGGCAGCACCAUGUUGCGCAAGCCAGACCCCCUGGAUGAAGACGAAGACACCGACAUUUCUUACAAGAAGCUGAAAGAGGAGGAGAUGGCCGACACCUCCUACGGCGCGGUGACGGCUGACAGCCUGAUGAUGAGGGAGACUGCCCAGACAUCCCUCGGGGCGGGAGACACUGGACUUCCCUCCUGCUGAGACACGCCUUGGUGUGGUGGCUCGGGGUAGUCGCGCACAUGGUUUACGUAGAGGAUAACCACCCGCUCACCUGGUCGUUCGUGUGACGUUUAGGGAUAACCCAGGCAGGUGUGUUGGCCAAGCGCCCUCACGACUUACAGUUCAAUGUCAUCCUAUGACUUGCACCUGGGACUGCCAAAGGGAAGCCUGAACUAGUCAUGUGUGCUUUUGAGCUCCAAUUUCUAAGGCCGUUUCAUUCUAGGAACAGUGAGCAGAGACGGGCUUGGACGUGUGGAACUUGGGGGCAUGUACUGUCUUAUGAGUGAAAACAAGCUGUCCGUGUAAAGCGUAAUUGUGUUUAAUGUCCUUGCUGUUAAAAACAAACAAAGCGUGCGUGCUCAACUUACAAAUACCUGGCGAUGUUGAAUUUUGACCUUAUUCAGAAAAAAUCCAAAACAGGUCACUGAAACCAUGAAAUAUAGCACUUUAUUGUCAAACCAGUA